CUUCCCCCACCUCCUUCCUCAUUGCUCUUGCUCUCUCUUCCGAAAGGCGAACAACGUUUUUCUUCUUUUUUUUGUGACGCAGCGAAGAGGAUCAUCGAUAAUGGAGAAUGAGUAUGGUGUGAAUAUUGUUGCUCUCGAGAUGGAUCAUCGCGAUGAAUCUCAGUGCGAGUCGACUCUCUCUAACUCGCCCGAGUCCGUUCUUACGGUCCAGAGCUCUCGUGGAGAUGCCGAAUCUAAGAAGCUGGAUGAAUGUGGUGGCUGGACGAAUGAGAAACACAACUCGUAUCUUGAAUAUUUAGAGAGCUCUUUCGUUAAGCAGUUGUAUUCCUUACUUGGAGGAGAUGAGACUGGGAGACUCUCUAGAGCUCCUCAUGUGCUGUCCAACUCUCACAAAUCGACUGAUCAGUUUACGGUUCUACAAAAUGGUUGCCGGCAGAAGGUUAACUUGGGCAAGAAACGACCUGGAGCAUCCAUGAGAGCUUUGGGACAUGAGUAUCAAGCUCAAAGCACUGCAGAGGCAUCGGGGCAGAAUUUCAGAGAGGAAGUAGGAGAGAAGGGGUGUAGUAACUCAAGGGUGUCCAGGAAACGGAGAAGAGAAGCUAACUUUGAUGAUAGUUCAUUGAAUGAUCAGGUUGUGCCGUAAGGAUGGUGAAGACAAUACAAACCGAUAGGAAGUGAAGUGUAGAUGAAUUACUAUGAAUAGAGACUAAAAAUAGUGGAGAAUGAAUGUUGAUGGCUUUGUUUGUUGUAUUAUAGAACAAGGCUAAAGAGAGCCUUAUUAAGGAAUCGAAUGGGGGAUGAAAUUAGGGUUGUUUGUUAAAUUUUGUCUUUGUUAUAUGAUUAGUAUGAUCGUCAUUUCUUUCA